CUUCGUACUGCUCGGUCGGGUUUAGUUUUGCGUUGCGUUAUUCGGUUAAAAUCUGCGAUAAAUUUCGUGAUUCUUCAGUUACUGAAAUGAGGGAUUUUCUGUGUGCGCUAGUGAUUGCAAAUCAAGUUAAGAGCGCUUGUAAUCAUAUCAUGUAAAUGCGUAUGAAACGAGGCAAAAAUUUGGAUGAAAAUUCUUUGUAAUUGUGUAAGGAAGUUGGAAACCAUAAGUGAAAGUGAUUCACGAAGAGCAGUGCUAGAAAGAGAAAUAUAACAUGUCAAAGUGGCUUAAGGGAAAAAAGAAAAUUGCCUACGUUUUGAGUUUCACUCAAGCAAAUUUGUGUUGCUUCUAUGGUAAAAGUUUGUUAGGUCAAGGUCCUUCGGGAUCAAAACAUUCAUCGCAAUCGAUAAACAAUAUCGCAGCUACAAAUGGAACUCCUAUCAAAGAUGCGUCAUCUGUAUCAAAUUUAGAUUGCGUAGGCGUAACAGCAGUACCGAAGUCAAGCGGCAAACAUAAUCGAGUUCUUCACGGUUCUAAAGAUAAACUCGACCAAUAUAAUCAUCACCACACGAAGGGUUCAAAAGAAAAACUUGUCGAUUUGAAACAUAUCGGAAGAGAUUCAUCAGAAGAUAAAAACCUUUUGAAAACAUUAAACCAAAUGCCGCUUGUCCAUCCACAACCUGUCCAACAUCAGCUUGAGCAAUUUCAAGUUGCUCACCAAUCAUUGCGAUCGUCACAACAGCAGCAUCGAUCUAUUAGUUCUGAUGAAGUGAACCAACUUGACGAAGAUACCUACUCUAACGCUACAGAGGAAGUAGUUGUAUCAAAUGAAUUGACCGAAAUUAAUUGUGAUGCCUUGAUGGCCCAAAAGAGACAUAAAAUGCAAGGCUUUCAUGCUAGUCUGGAAAAACUAAAAUUCGACAACGCCACUUUGGAGGAAAAGGUUAUUGAGAUGUCUGUAUAUCAAAAAGAAAUUCAAGCACUUCGCGAAGAAAUUUAUAAACUGCAGGCAUCGCAAGAAAUAAGUAAUAAAGAAUUGCACAGGUUACUCGACGAAAACGAGAGCUUGAGAGACAGGUUGAAAACAAUUGUUCAAUCUCCGUUGUCAGAUUCCGAAAAGCAACAGAUCAUUAAAGAAUCACAAAGGCUUCACAGCUCAGCGCCGGCAUCUAUCGCAUUACCAAGUAAUUUGGAAAUGGACAAUACUCCAUGUGUUACACCAGAUUGGGACAAACAGUCAUCCGAAAGUGAAAUUGCAGUGGCUUGUCUUCAGGACAAAAUAACACAGAUGGAGGAAACACACUACUCGACAAAUGAGGAGCUUCAAGCUACACUUCAAGAACUUGCUGAUCUACAGUCACAGAUAAUCGAGCUUCAAAGUGACAAUGAACGACUAGUCGAAGAGAAAGACGUUAUAUUUCAAUCGCUUUGCAGACAGACUGAAAAGCUCGAAGAUUCUCGAACUCAAAUUGGAACUUUACAAACGCUUUUGCUGCGAGAACCCAAUCAACAGGAUGGUGUCUCUACAGAGCGUGAACAAAAAUUAGUCGAACUUUUAAAAAAUGCUCAGGAGGAAAGAGAAUGUCUCAUGUUAAAACAAGAAGAAUUAAAUUCAGAAUUGAAUGAACUCAAAGUUGCCUUGGAAGAUACAAGUAACGAGAACUUAAGACUGCAUGAGCGUAUCGGUGUACUCGAGUCCACCAUCGACGCAACGAAUGCUGAAAGAACUGAAAUUGAUGCGCAAUUGUUGCAAUCCAAAGAAGACAGUUCAGUUAAGCAAAUCGAAAUUAGCCGUUUGACGACUUUAUUAGAAAAUGCACGAGCGAAGAUUGAGGAACUUGAACAAGACCGUUUGAUGGGCGACAAGUCUGACCUGGGAGAACUUCUAGAUACUGCUAGAAAAGAAAAAGAUGCUCUUGAAAUUCAAGUAGCUUCUCUUCAGGAACAAGUCUCAAUUAGUCAAUGUGAGAUACAAAAACUAAAAGAUCAGCUAGCCCGAAUAAGCGAAGAGUGUAAAGUUGUAAGGAAUAAUGCCAAAUGUGUUAUUUCUGAUCUGGAGUACAAACAUGAGACCAUUAAACAAGAAAAGGCUAAAGUUACAAGUGAUUACCAGCAACUUCAAGAGAACGUGAGCGAAUUACAGGUCCAGAAUAAAUGCCUCACUGAUGACAAAGCCCAACUGGAAGCUUUGUUAUCGGAAACUCAACGGCAUCUGGGAGAUACGGAAAGAUUGCUUGCAGAAAAGACUGAAGAGUUAAACCAAGAGAUUAGUUUAAGACGGCAGGAGAGCGAUGAGUGGGAACGAUUCCAAUCUGAUUUGCUAAUGACGGUACGUGUGGCAAACGAUUUCAAAACCGAAGCCCAUAAUGCACGAGAGCAGCUUGCAUUAGACAACAAAGCGUUACGAGAGCGAAUACGUGUCAUGGAACAACAGAUAGACAAGCUCAAUAAUCCCAAUAUAAACAUUUUACAAAUGGACAACCCUUUCUCACUGGAUUUGGCAAAAUUGAACGACAUUAAAAAAACUUUGUCGUCAUCUAUUGACAAUUUGGAUUUAUACGAUCGCAAUGUUGAUGAGUUUUCGAACCAGGUAAAUUUGCUGCGUUACCAAAUGAAUUCUUUUGCAUUGAAAGACAAUGGACACGGUACACGAUCUAAUCAGUGUAUGAAGGAUAUGAUUGGAGAUAUUUUCGAUGAUAACUUACAACUGGAAAACGCAAAUGAGGAAAUAUUACCCCCGCUACCGAAAUCAAAACCUCCUAAAUUAUCAGUUCGAUUUACAGAAGAAACCAAACAAGAAUGCCAGUUGGUUGACGAGCCUUACCGUUGUUCAUAUGAAAUUGAAAAAAUCAACGCAGUUACUCGUGAAAUGCAGCAAGAGUUUCGCAACGAAACUCCGGGUUUGCCCAAAACCUAUUUCGAGGAAAUUCCAUCAAUGAACCUACUGUACUAUACUGAAUCUUCCGAAAAUUCAUCACCUGAACCAGCGUUUCGACCAAUUGCCGUGAUUAGAAGUAAUGAGAACUUGCUGCUACAAAACUAUAAAGUGAUUAAACCGGUGCCGUUGUUUGCAUCGAAGAGCAUUCAAGAUCUUCGGCUGAACAGCAUCGAAACUCGAAGAGAUGUUGAUUCCCUUUUUUAUUCCAAAAGUUCGGAUGACCUUACUCUUCCAGAUAUAGACGGUAUGUCCAAAACCAGUAACCUGUCUAAAUUUAAAAAAUUUCGUUGUAAUAGAUCUAGUAGCACAAGCUUAAAUAACCUUAAUAUAAAGGAUGAGUGCGAUAUGUCCGCAUCGAGAAAUAUUCUCGGAAAAUUGCAAACUACUAAUAUAAACAGGAAGCCACAGCCAAUGCCUCGUACUAAUAGCAAAAAUGAUCUUGGAAAUAUAUUUGAUAAUACAGCAAAAACGAAGACUCUUGUUUAUGUGAUUGAUAAGAAGACUAAUGAGUUUGUCCUGUCCGAUGAAAAACCGACAACUAUUGAAACGGAAAUGCUUUGCGAAAAUUAUCGUAAUAAAGCGGAUGCCUACGAUGAUACCAAGUUAGAUGAAAUGAAAAAAAUUUCUUUUAUAUUGAAUAAACCGGCAAAUUUUGAUAAGACAGUGGUUGGGAGAAAAAACGACAAUGAAAUAAACAAAGGGAUAGUCGCAUCAACAGAGUCCCAUCAUUCUAUAUUUAAUACCGUUCAACAAGAAAUGGCCGUGCGACGGCAACAAAAAUCUGCUAUUCAACGACAAGAUUCACGUUUAUCAGUAAAAAGUCUUAUUGAGAGUAUCGAAAACUCGGCGAAACAGGCAAAAGUGACUGCUGAUUCUCGAUGCAGUUCGAGUUCCAGUGUAAAUAGCAUUCCAGCUGACGCAAUUGUGAAUCCUACUCUGUUACCCAGCAGCUUUCAGAAAACUAUAAGCCAGGAAAACGCCAGUGACAACAAUGGGCAACUUCAUGCAUCUCUGAUAUCAUCGGUGACUACGAAGAGUCCACUGCGUGAACAACAGCAACCUACUGCUGGCAGUAACAUAAACAGCAAUUCAAAGAACAAUUCUGCAGAUACAGUAUUGCUGAUUAAAACUCAAAAUCUCAUCGCAAACAGCAGCAGUAAUAAUGAUAAUAGCAACAAUAACAGUAGUAAUUACAGUAACAAUAAUUUUGGUUGCAACAAUAAGGUCUCCACAUUGAUCGGCAAUAGCUACAAUCAUACUGGAAAAGCAUUUAAGCAACAAAAUGACGAUCACGUUACCGCGUCGAUACUGUCUCAUAAGACGAUGGACUAUGUUCGACGAAACAGUUACGGUGAUAUAAGUGAUCGUAAGGACCCCUUAAAUGCGCUUGUAAAAAAUGGGGGUUCAAAACGUAAUGCCUUAUUGAAGUGGUGUCAGAACAAAACUGUUGGCUACAGGAAUAUCGACAUAACCAAUUUCAGUUCCUCGUGGAACGACGGCCUCGCAUUGUGCGCUAUAAUGCAUUCCUAUUUACCGGACCGGAUACCUUACGACAAAUUGAGUCCCAGCGACAAACGUCGAAAUUUUAGUCUAGCCUUUGCGGCAGCUGAAUGCGUUGGAAUAACAACGUCCUUAAGCAUCGAUGAAAUGUGUCAGUUAGAGAGACCAGAUUGGCAACAAGUGAUGGGCUACGUGACGGCUAUUUAUAAACACUUUGAGACUUAAAGACAAAAAAUCCAUUAACUCUAUGACUCUCGUAUAAGCAGUUAUAUGUUUAUUUUAUCCGCGUUACAAUGCCGUUAUUUAUUAAAUUGCGUCACAGAACUGACGCAGCGUUGUUAAACACCUGAUUUAAAUUUAAAAUAAAACAUUCUGUAGUUUGU